CUGGCGGUGUCUGUCCCGUACCCCAAGGCCGGGCCGCUAGGAGCUCUUGGCAAGAUGGGACAGCAGGGAUCGAGGCUCAGGGCCCAAACUGGGGUAGGGCUGCCCCCACACGAGGGACCAGCCCAUUGCAGGUAGGUCUCUGUCUGCCUAAUCCUGCGCCUCUCCCAUGCCUCUAGACUACUGCGUGCAGUUCUGCCAGGCACCUGCCUGCAGCCCCCUCACACCCACGGCCUCAGCCUGCCCUGGUGUUGGGGCACUGUAACCUGGCGAGCAGGUGUGGGUGUGGCGGGGAGGUCAAUGCUGUGCAUUUCCACUCCCACAAACCUUCGGAGCAAGAACCAGGGAAAUUUCUGGCCAAGGAAAAUUCCAAGAAAGAAAACCUGGACACUCGAGUCCUGGGAGGGCCCUACGUCUUGGUCCGUCUUGCAUGAAGUUGAGUGUCUUGUGAGGGGAACGAGGGGCUGUGCCAGCCCGGGACACUGGGCCGGCCGGUGGGACCAUGAACGAGCGGACAACCUGUAGGCGGUCAGUGAAGAAGGAUGAUGAGACUUACGAGAUUUCCAUCCCCUUUGAGGAGACACCCCACAUUGAACCCCAGAUCUUAUAUAGCCUCAGCCCCCCCCAAAACAACUUUGAAGAGCUGCCCGAGCUGCCCUCGCCCUCCCUGGCACUGAUGAACAGCAUGAAGACACAGCUGCACAUGGCCCUCGAGCGCAACUCAUGGCUACAGAAGCGCAUCGAGGACCUGGAGGAGGAGCGUGACUUCCUGCGCUGCCAACUCGACAAGUUCAUCUCCUCUGCAAAGGUGGAUGCUGAGGACCACUGCCGCAGCAAGCAGCCCCUGCGGCGCUCAGAGGCAACUGACAGCCGGAAUGGGGAGGUGACCGACAAUGACAGUGUGGCCUCCUCGCUCAGCGCCAACACUGAGGAGGGUAGCUCCACUGAGCGCAAGAAGCAGAAGCAGAAGGGAGGGGUCAACCGGCGGCGCCUCAUCAAGCCCAAGACUCGGGAGCGCCAGAGGGUCAAGGACGCAGAUGGGGUGCUGUGCCGCUACAAGAAGAUUUUGAACACCUUCCAGAAGCUAAAGAGCAUGAGCCGGGCCUUUGAGCACCACCGCGUGGACCGCAACACAGUGGCGCUGACCACACCCAUUGCUGAGCUGCUUAUCGUGGCACCUGAGAAGCUGGCUGAGGUGGGCGAAUUUGACCCCUCCAAGGAGCGGUUGCUGGAGUAUUCACGCCGCUGCUUCUUGGCUCUUGAUGACGAGACCCUCAAAAAGGACUCUCUACUGCUCCCAGCGAUGAAGGAGCCUUCGGGAGAGCAUGUGACUGGCAAAAGCAUGGGGACCCCUGUAGCUUUUAUGCAUGAUCCCACCACCCUCAACCUUAGUGGUUCACCUGCUGCUCCAGAACGUGACAAAGAGAACCGCCACCGUAAGCGCAGUCAUAGCCGCUCCCGGAGCCGUGACCGCAAGCGCCGCAGCCGCAGCAGAGACAGGCGCAACAGAGACCAACGCAGCGUCUCACGGGACCGUCGGCGACGCAGGUCGCCACUAAGCCUCUCAGGUCCCUUGAGCCGCUCCCCCAGGCAUGAGAAGAAGAAGAAGAUCCGCAAGUACUGGGAUGUGCCACCACCUGGCUUCGAGCACAUUACCCCCAUGCAGUACAAAGCCAUGCAAGCCGCGGGUCAGAUUCCAGCUACAGCUCUUCUCCCGACCAUGACACCUGAUGGACUGGCUGUGACCCCUACCCCGGUCCCGGUUGUUGGCAGCCAGAUGACCAGGCAAGCCCGGCGCCUCUACGUGGGAAAUAUCCCCUUCGGCAUCACUGAGGAGGCCAUGAUGGAUUUCUUCAAUGCACAAAUGCGCCUUGGAGGUCUGACCCAAGCACCAGGCAACCCUGUCCUGGCUGUACAGAUCAACCAGGACAAGAACUUUGCAUUCUUGGAGUUCCGAUCAGUGGAUGAAACCACUCAGGCCAUGGCGUUCGACGGCAUCAUCUUCCAGGGCCAGUCACUGAAGAUCCGUCGUCCCCACGACUACCAGCCUCUGCCUGGCAUGUCGGAGAACCCCUCAGUCUACGUGCCUGACUCACUCAGGCAUCCCCGCGUCUGCUGGGGAGCUCUCACCCCUUUCUCUGCCUCUCCGCUCGCAGGCGUGGUGUCAACGGUGGUCCCAGACUCUGCUCACAAGCUGUUCAUCGGAGGCUUGCCCAACUAUCUUAAUGAUGAUCAGGUGAAGGAGCUGCUCACGUCCUUUGGGCCCCUGAAGGCUUUCAAUCUGGUGAAGGAUAGUGCCACCGGGCUGUCAAAGGGCUAUGCUUUCUGCGAGUAUGUGGACAUCAACGUCACUGACCAGGCCAUCGCUGGACUAAAUGGCAUGCAGCUGGGCGACAAGAAGCUCUUGGUCCAGAGGGCCAGUGUGGGAGCUAAGAACGCCACGCUGAGCACAAUAAACCAGACCCCAGUGACGCUGCAGGUGCCUGGGCUGAUGAGCUCGCAGGUGCAAAUGGGUGGGCACCCCACUGAGGUGCUUUGCCUCAUGAACAUGGUGCUGCCUGAGGAGCUGUUGGAUGAUGAAGAGUAUGAGGAGAUUGUAGAGGACGUGCGUGACGAAUGCAGCAAGUACGGCGUAGUCAAGUCCAUUGAGAUUCCCCGGCCUGUCGACGGUGUUGAGGUCCCCGGUUGUGGCAAGAUCUUUGUGGAGUUCACAUCUGUCUUUGACUGCCAGAAGGCCAUGCAGGGCCUCACCGGUCGCAAGUUCGCCAACAGAGUGGUGGUCACAAAGUACUGCGACCCGGACUCCUACCACCGCCGUGACUUCUGGUAGCCCAGCGAGUGGGUGGGCGGGGGGCUCCAACGCUCCUUUAGCAGCGUAGCGUGUUUAUAUUUUAUGGCCAAAACCAUUUUUUUCAACUGUUUUGCGGGGGGGUUGUUUGUUUUUUUGUUUUUAUUUUUUUGUUUUUCCUUCUCCCCAUCCCCUCAAAGAAGAGAUAUUUCUGCCCUGCCUUCUCCCAGGCUCCGUGGCCGCCCUUCUGCGAUGGUUACUCUGUAGUAGAGAUGGUGUCUCUCUUCCCUUCUUUCUCUGCUCUCUCUCUUUCUUUCUCUCUUUCUGUGGCGUUUUCAUAUUUGCUAAGGAAGAAUGUCCUCAUUUGAGUCCCCUCUGGCCUUUUUGUUGUAUCUCCCUCCCUUCGGUGUGUGUACGGAUUCUUGGUUUUUUUCCCCUCCCAUUUAUUCCCCUGCCCUCUCAUCGUAAUUAAACAGUUUUUCCA